ACGUGCCGGUUUCGCAACUUGCACGCCUAAGAAGCUUCGCCGUCCCACUGUAUAAGCGAGUUUAGGCGGCACGCAUUCGCCACGGCUAUACGAAGACUGGUUUUGGGCGACGGAACGGCUCGGCUCACAGCGGGGUCUCUUAAAGUUUGAAGUAGACGACGCGCUUCGCGCUCCAUGCUUUCACUUUCCAAGUCAAAGCACGCGUAGACGACUUGACGCCUGCGCGGCGCGCAUAAUCGAACCGUCGACGAACGAGAAAGAAAAGCGUCUGCCGUUAUCCAGCGCUGGCCCAGUUGAUUGAGCGCCUCUGGCAAAGACUGUCAAGAGAGCGCUGAGUGAAGUUUUGCUGAGGCUUUUUUGGCUUGAUCUGCGUGUGUAACUUGGCGUCCGGUACUUAUUCCUCCGGUACUUAUUCCUAAACCAAAGAACAAAACUCGCAAGAACGGUCGUCGAGGAGUCGAGUGGAAGAGAAGACGUCGUCUGGUUGGCAACAAGUUGGAUUUGCGAUGACAACGGGAAACGAGUAGCUUUUGUGACAGCCGACGGCUCCAAAGAAGGACGCAGCUCGGUCAGAGAGCCCUUGAAGACUCGGAACAUCGUGCGCGUUUCCUGCAAGGGGCUCCGCGAUGAACUGGAAAUGGGUCCGCCUUGCUGUGCUCGUGGCAAUUAUAGUGCUCAUUGCCGUUGUCCUGUACCUGCUGCUUCACCGCGACAAAUCCGUCUGCUACCCUGACAUUCGCGAGGAGACGUGUUACCAUGGAAACGAGGGUGCCUACCGCCUCUACGGCACCAAGACCGACUACCAGGUCCUGGUCAAGAUGUACCAGCUGGACAAACAACGUGAAUACAUCUUACCAGGAUGCACAGCAAGAGGGCUGUUCCUUUUCAAUCGCCACACCACACGCUACCCCGACCGAGAGGACAUUGUCAAGAUGGAGGAAGCCAUGCCUCGACUGCGGCGCGCCAUCUUGGAUUCUGCAAACAACAGCAGGGUUCACCUAUGCAAGAAAGACAUACAGGCACUCUCCAAUUGGACGAUGAAAUUGAAGCCCGACGACGACAACCAUGUGACAGAAUCGGGCAGGGAAAUCUCAGCCGCUCAAGCAAAGCGCUUCCUGACUCGGUUCCCGCAGCUUUUCGACAAGUUCAACGCUAGUGACUACGUGGUGGGCUUCACAAGCCGAGUCCGUACACGGCAAACUGCCGAGGCGUUCCUCAAGUCUCUCCUUGCCCGGCAGGAGUAUCUCGAGGUUGAGAAAAACUUUCUCGAUCCACAAGAUGAUAUCCUGCAGUUCCACAAAGAGUGCAACAAACUCAUGAAGAAGAAGGAAGGCACCCCACCUGCUGUCGAAGCCUACGAAAAGGGGCCUUACAUGAAGAGAUUGCUGGACAGGCUCACCUGGCGGAUGGGCAUCAAUGUUACCCAAGGCGACUUGAAGAUGCUGCUGCGUGCGUGCAUGUUUGAGUAUUCCAUCUACGACCAGUCCCCAUGGUGCUCCGUCUUCACCGAGGAUGACCUCAAGGCCGUUGAGUUCAAGGAAGACCUGGACGACUACUACAAGGACGGCUACGGCCUCGAACGCAACUACGCCCAAGCGUGCCCGGUUAUACAGGAGCUUGUGGACCGACUUGAAUUGAUGGCCAAUGAUUCAAGCCACCCAAACAAGGUCCUCUAUUUCUCGCACGCGGGCGGAUUCAAGAAAGUGGUCGCACGCCUCGGUCUCAACCGCGACGCGAAUCCGCUCAAAGCCGAUGGCCUGUGCACACAGGCAAACCGGCAAUGGCGGUCAAGCCUGCUCUGCCCAUUCAACGGCAAUGUCGCGUUUGUCCUCUACAACUGCACCGGAGACCAGCACAAGGUCGUGACCUUUCUUAACGAGCAACCCGUAAUCCUCCCUGGCUGCCCUGGUCACCAUUGCCCCCUCGCGACCUUUAUGGACAACUACAAGAAAUAUGCGACUUCAUGCAACAUGACUCAGAUAUGUUCGGUGUGAGCUGUGCGCCGUCCACGAAAUCACCAAAGACAAAAUCUUGAACUCAUCGUGCCUCGACAGAGCAUAGUGUUACGUUUGUUGACGGUUGCUUUAGUAAAACUGUGGCAUCUCUUUUUCUAUUUUUUAUCUUAUUCUAAUAUAUUCUGUGUUGUAAAGUGUUAUUGAAAAUGUUAUAUGUGUCGAAGUUCACAUAAAACUUGGAUCAACAACGGCCAAACAGUGUAUGUUUCCGGAGCCAAUGUUUCGACAAGUGGGCUUUGUUUUCGUCCAAAUACUAAAGAUUUGUUUGACCAAGACGUGUCCCGUUGUCAAAACGUUGGCUCUGGCUUGUUUGUGUAUCUCUGUGUAUGUCUGUCUCGUGUGCAUAAAAUUCUGGGCAUUUAUACCUUUUCAUGUACAUUUGCUUUGCCACUGUUUACUUAAAUAAGAUACUUUAAAAUAGCUUAUGUGUAGAUGCCUCUUCUGAUGAAAAAAUGGAGAUGCCAUUUCUGGUCCUGACAAUGGCAUGCAAGUUAUUUUGUGCAUAGUUAAACCUAAAGAAGUCACAAUAUUGCCUUGUACUUCAUUUCCGAGUAGUGUAUGGAUUUAAAAUGUCGUAAGGCCGGUAUGAUGUAAUGAUUCUUUCACUGAAUUUUAUUAUUUCAUUUUUAACAGCUGCCACUCACGAGCGUCCGAUGCCGACGAUAGCAUAACCAGAGAAUUGGUCUGACCACUGAAGUGCGAAUAGAGGAAUAGAAUUGGAAUAGAACCGUUACAUUAUGCCAGCCCCGAAUGCUACUACUUGCAUGACAGACAACUAUGUUGUCUGCUUCAGUCAUCUUAUGAGUCACAUCUACACUCUGAACUCUGCUUUUUCAUUAUUAAUACACAUCCGUACGUCACUUGUCAGCACCUAGAAGACAGCCUGUUGGCUAGCAAGAUAUACACAUUACCAUGACACAUUGCAGAUUCUGUGUCAUGCAUGUUCUCAAGUACUAUCGACCAAAAAAAGUUUACGGACCAAGGGAUCUGACAAAAAGCUGAAUAUCUCCGCAGCCUCAAAACGCCUCUACUGGUAUAUGGAAUACCUCCGCAGCCAUUUCCAGCCUCUACUGGUAUAUGCGAACAACAUUAUGAUGUACGGUUUUACUGGCUACUUUUUAAAAACUGCUCGGAUAUUUAGCGUUUACUGAAAUCCCGUGGUCCGUAAACUCUUUUGGUCGAUAGUACAUAGCAGCCCAUGGUAAUUGUACUGCUACCAUUUUUCAUUUCAGAAAAUUAGUAGUGCUACAAACCUCACCUGGUCACAUACCGUAAUAUGCCGAGUCAUUGCCCUCUCACCCCCCCCGCCACCUGAAAUUCAUUGAAAAAGUUGGGUGGGUCAUAUCUCAGGGACCCAACAAAAAAAAUUGAAAAAAAAGCUUGAAAUAUUGUAUUUUUUGUUUGCAUAUUGCGCAGCUUGACAAGAGAUGCACUCAACUUUUAUCACGGGAUGUUAUCUUCCUCGCAAGACUCUCAAAACAACGUUUUACUGUCCGCGAAAUCCACUGCUUGCGUCACGUGAAGGCAGCUCCAGAAGAAUACAAUCCGCAGCCGUGACUGCGAUGAGUCUCAAAUGGGCCGCAAGACUGCAGCCUAAAUAUACCCCUUUCAAAAGAAACCACCACCUGUAGGACGCAACUGCAACUACCUAGGUGCGUGAACAAAGUUUCUUUGCAAGUCUGCUGUUACGGUCUUUUUUUUUUUUAUCACGCUCUCAAUGUUUGGAAGGGUGGUAUUUUUCGCAAAUUGCGAAGCCCGCGGCUCACGUUCUCUAAGGGUGGGCAAUGACUCGGGAUAGUACGGUACUUGAUUUGAUCCCAAAAGCAUUCCAUCAGGUUAUGAUGUUGCUCCACAUCACAAGCACUCAACAUCUCAUCCUAACUCCAUCGUAAUUCUAUGUAAAACAUUGAGCUUUCUUUUUUCUGCUACAAUGUUAUUUGCCUAGUGGAUGCUUCUGAAGAUGUGGCAAAUUUCAUUAAGGUUACAUACACUGGAUGAUGUCUGAGACGGAACUCUGUAUCCUUUGCACUUUAAACACAUCUGUAGCUUGUUUCCACUGAAAUGUGUUCUAGCCUUAUGAACUGUCUACAUGAGUGACAUCAGGAUUAAACAAGAGUUGUGCAAGAAUUUGCUAAUCCCUCCCAACCUGUGUAAUGUGCCUUAAGAAGCUGUCAAAUAAUUCGUGGAGCAAUGGGCCUGUCAUCCUUUCUGGUGUCUUUGCCAUUGAAACACAACUAGUAGACCGUCCAGCUUUCAUUCUUGGCACAAUAAAACAUUGUGUAAAUGUAUUUAGCAUGGAAAUAACUCCACACAUUAAAUUAAAUAAAGUUGUAUUUUGUUACCGA